AUGGCUCGUGGAGAAGGAACCACGUCAACAAAGACCGAAAAGGGGAGCACCGCUCCGAAGGCUCAAUCCUUGGAAAAGGAGGAAGCGCCUAAGGAAUCUGCCGAAAUCAAGGUUCCAGAAGCACCCAAACGCACCAGGGUGCCAGAUGCCGUCCAGAGGAAAUUGGCGGCUGAGAAACAGAAGGGACCCCAGCCCAGCAGGUUAACGCAGGAACUGCGCAAUUACCAGGCCAAGAGGAAGAGGCAUUCGAUGGACGUAUAUGUCCAGAUCACGGGUCUGGACUCAGGAAAAACGCGCGGAGUCAAGGCGCUGCUCGAUAGCGGCUACAGUACCUGCUGCAUCGAUACCGACUACGCACGGGCGGAGAAGUUGGAUAUCCAAGAGCUCCCACAACCCAUUGUGGCUCGUAACGCCGACAACACCGAGAACAUCAGCGGUCGGAUCACGCAUUACGUCGACCUUAGGAUGAGAAUCGGUCCUCAUGUGGAGACACGCACGUUCCUUCUGACGUGCUUGGGGAAAGCCUGGAUCUUCAUCGGUCUUGAUUGGCUGAUGGAACACAACCCCGAGAGCGGUGUCACAUGA